AUGCUCCAACCCCGAAUUGCCCUCCGGGGCAUUCGGUUGCCCUUUAGGUGCUUACCUUCCGUACCCUCCGUACCGGCUCGUCGUUUUGCUUCUGUCGUCAAUGAACUCGAGAUCCCCUCGCCCAAGUUAUCGACCUCGGAAAUUGAUUCCAGUGCUUCAUUUGCACCUCCCCCGACCCGUGAUAGCGCCGGCGUUCAACUGCGCACAUACACUCCCCGUACCCCCGGUGUACGACACUUGCGCCGUCCAGUCAACGACCAUCUUUUCAAAGGCCGUCCCAUUCACCGAUUGACCUUCCCUAAGAGGGGUCACGCCAAGGGUGGUCGUAACAACUCUGGUCAGGUCACUGUUCGUCAUCAUGGUGGUGGUGCCAAGCGUCGUAUCCGCACUGUCGACUUCCUGCGCAUGGAUCCUGGGCCUCAUCUGGUGGAGAGAAUCGAAUAUGACCCAGGUCGGAGUGCCCACAUUGCGCUGCUCCGUAGCAAGGAAACAAAGAAGCUGAGCUAUAUCCUUGCCGCCGACGGCAUGCGAGCUGGUGAGACGGUGCAGAGUUAUAUGUCUGGUAUUCCGGAGGAUCUCUGGAAGAGCAUGGGUGGUACAGUCGACCCCGGUGUGUUGGCUGCCCGAACCGCAUGGCGAGGUAACUGUCUGCCGCUGCACAUGAUUCCCGUUGGAACCCUCAUCUUCAACGUUGGAUUGCGAGUUGGCAAGGGUGGACAGCUGUGCCGCAGUGCAGGAACUCACGCUACGGUUGUGGCCAAGGGUAGUGACUCCCGACAAAAAGAUAUCGAUACCGAACAGCCCGAAGCUGAAGUCGAAAAGAAGCCCCUCUCUGUGCGUGAUCGCCAGAAGCAGGAACGUUUGGCCCAGCAUAUCACUAUCCGCCUGGCAAGUGGUGAGAUUCGACUCAUCCACAAGGACUGCUGUGCCACUAUUGGAGUUGCCAGCAACCCCAACUACCAUUACACUCGCUUGGGUAAGGCCGGUCGCUCUCGCUGGCUCAACAUUCGCCCGACAGUUCGUGGUUUGGCUAUGAACGCCAUGGACCACCCUCACGGUGGUGGUCGUGGUAAGUCCAAGGGUAACGUUGACCCGAAGAGUCCAUGGGGUAUUCCGACCAAAUCGGGUUACAAGACCCGCCCGAAGUGGAAGAUCAACAAGGCAGUUGUCCACCCAAGACCUCGCAACCAAGGUCAACGUCGUCGUGGAUACAACUAG